AGUAAAAAAUCUUUUUUCCAUUAUUUCCGGCAACAAAUAAAGUCCAUGUCUUGGACUUUUAAAAUGCCCUUGUCCCCCCCACUUCUUUUUAUCUCCACCAUCACCCUGCCCUGGAUUAACUUUAACAAACUUCUCUAUCUUCUUCCCAGACUUUGUCCCCCUUUGAAACAGAGCACCCCUCCCUCUUCCCUUGAAUUCCAUUCUCGGAAAAUGAAAACAAUCAUGGAUCGAAAUCCCAACGAUUCUCUCUCCAUCUCCAGCAGACACUUCAACUGGAGGGACAAACCCGAAGACUACGACGAAGAAACCAGGCUGCCCGAGCUCGAUUUGGCCGUCCCCAAACGGAAGCCUCCCCGGACGGCGGUGGCCAGGCUCCGCUCCGUCUUGAGCUUCGGAACCAAGAAGCGGGCCGGCGGGGGAAAUCUGGGUACCCGGGUCGUCGGGACUCUGUUCGGGUACCGGCGCGGGCACGUCCUGUUCUCGUUCCAGGACGACCCGAAGCUCUGCCCGGCGUUCUUGGUGGAGAUGGCGAUGCACACGAGCGUUCUGGUCCGGGAAAUGGCGUCCGGCGCGGUCCGGGUCGCGCUGGAGUGCGACAAGGGGACCGGGAAGAAACCGGGCCGGAUUCUGGAGGAACCGGUUUGGAGGACGUACUGCAACGGCCGGAGGUACGGGUUCGCCGUGAAGAGGGAAUGCGGGCCGGACGAGUGGAAGGUUCUGAAUUCGAUCGGGCCGGUUUCGAUGGGCGCCGGCGUGUUGCCGGCGAAGGAAAGCGACGGCGGCAUGCCGGCCGGCGAGAUGACGUACAUGCGGGCCAUGUUCGAGAGGGUGGUGGGGUCCAAAGACUCGGAAGCUUUCUACAUGAUGAACCCAGACGGCCAUGGAGGUCCGGAGUUUAGUCUCUAUUUACUGAGGGUUUAGCUCAAUUUAAUUACGUACAAUUUAUUUGUGUUAUUAAAUUCUUUGUUAAAUCCUAAAUUAGCAAUUAAUGGACACCAAAUGC